AAGGACUAAAGUCAGGGAAACUCAAGGCCUAGCAAUCCGGGGCAGGGGAGGCCCUGUCUGGGGUUGGAACAGGGGACCUGAGGGCCAGCAUCAGACAUCCCACGCUGCAGGGAACCUGACGGUAGGAUGGGGGACUCAGCCCAAGGACAGAGAGCAGCCCUGAGCCCUGGGCUGAGGACAUUGCACACCAGUGCCCAGCGUCUGAGACAGCGUCUCCCACAGGAAGUGGCCGCUAUGUCCAGGCAAACCCGAGGAUGAAGGAGGGCACCCUGGCCGGGGGAGGGGGUGGGGAACUCUGCGUUCAGCUAAUACCCACUGGUUAUCUGCCUGCCGGACACCAGCCCCCUUGCAGGCGCGGCACCUCAAAGCCGUGGCACCGUCUCUGUGCUUGCUGCUAGGUGGCCAGGCAGCACAGAGGAGGUGUCAUGGCAGACCCGCUGGGUACACCUGGUGGGCAGCGAGUAGCUCGAGUGGAGGAGAGGAGGCUUCACAGAGGAGGCACCCUGGGUGAAGGUGACCAGAGAUAUGGGGUGAGGACAUUCCGGGGCGGCAGGGCCAUGCACAGGCCUGGAGGCGUGGAGAGCAGAGGCUGUCAGGGCAAGGGGGCGAGGACGGAGGCCCAGCCUCUGACCUCACAAUAGCCAGGGCCUGCUGGGCAGCCUGGCAGACUCUGGUGCCCCCUUCCAGCCCGGGCAAGGCCCGGGGCCGGCAGCCUCCAGGUGCAGCGCUGCACGUGGGCCGCACCCUCCUGCUGCCCUGGGGCAUGUCUCUGCUCACCAAUUACGAGGGCCUCCGGCACCAGAUAGAGAGGCUCGUGCGAGAGAAUGAGGAACUGAAGAAGCUGGUGCGGCUCAUUCGGGAGAAUCAGGAGCUCAAGUCGGCCAUCAAGACGCAGGCAGGUGGCCUUGGCAUCAGCGCGUUUACCGGCGGGCUUGGCGAGGCAGUGGCAGGCCCUUCCCCACGCCAGGGUAACUGUGUCUUCCUGCCCCCAUCCCCGGCAGCAGCAAAUGACCCAGUCCUGGAGGAUAUGGGCAUGGUGGCCCUGACACCGCUGGCCGACAUGCUGAGCACCUCGCAGUCCAGCCCCACGACGGGCUCCAUCCUGACAGGCCCUCUCAGCUCGCUGCUAUCUGGCUCGGCCCCUGUGGCCCAGAGCACCACCCUCACCAGCCUCCUGACUGGCCCGCUGAGCAGCCACCUGGCCAGCCCCCUGGCAGUGACUCCAGGGGGCACACUGGCCAGCUCCCUGGGCCUGCCUUCCACCGGCCCCCUGACCCCGAGCAACCCCCUGGCCAUGUCACAGAGCAGCCCCCUGAUGGCCCCUGUGGCAGGCACAGUGGCCGUCUCUCUGAGCAGCCCCCUGCUCGGCUCCACGGCCGCCCCUCUGGGCAUCUCGCAGAACCUUCUGGCUAACCCCUUGAACAACCUGGUGCUGCCGGAGCCCCCGAGGGCACAUCUGGCAGAGCCACUCAAGGCAGGCCCCUCAAGGCCCCCUCCCUCAGCGGGCACAGGGCCGGCCACCACCACCAGAGUCCCUCUCUCCACUGAGCACCCCCGGCCAACCCAGGACCCAGAGCCCCUCAGCGUGACGUUUGUGGGUGCACCUCUCCAGACCUCCACCCCUAUUGGCGCCCUGGGUGCUUCUGGGGCCACCACAGCCUUCCCCUACAGCACCUCGGAUGCCCGGGCCCAGGCCUGCGCGCCCCCAGGGCAGAUCGCCUCCCCCUCCACUCCUGCCCCCCAAGCUGCUGCCGACAGCUCCACCCAUGGCACCCAGAGCACCCCUUCCCGGGCGCAGCACUCCCCCAGCCGCCCCUUGCCCAGCCCCCACUCUCCUCCACGCAACCCCCACUCCCCACCUCGUACCUCAUCCUCUCCUGCCUCUGUCAAUGACACCCGGGGUGCACGUACCUCGGAAGCCCCCCGGAAGAGCAUCUUGGAGAUGGAACGGAAGCUGGCCCACCGCAAGGCCAGCAAGUUCCCCGACACCCCGAGAGAGUCGAAGCAGCUGGCCUGGGAGAGGCUGGUGGGGGAGAUCGCUUUCCAGCUGGAUCGCAGGAUCCUAUCCAGCAUCUUCCCGGAGCGCGUGCGCCUCUACGGCUUCACGGUCUCCAACAUCCCAGAGAAGAUCAUUCAGGCCUCACUGAACCCCGGCGACCACAAGCUGGACGAAGAGCUCUGCCAGACGCUCACGCAGCGCUACGUGAGCGUCAUGAACAGGCUGCAGAGCCUGGGCUACAAUGGCCGUGUGCACCCCGCGCUGACCGAGCAGCUGGUGAACGCCUACGGCAUCCUGCGCGAGCGGCCCGAGCUGGCCGCCUCGGAGGGCGGCUCCUACACGGUGGACUUCCUUCAGCGAGUGCUGGUGGAGACCGUGCACCCCAGCAUGCUCAGUGACGCGCUCCUGCUGCUGUCCUGCCUCAGCCAGCUGGCCCACGAUGACGGCAAGCCCAUGUUCAUCUGGUGACAGGGCCUGCCUGGGCCGGCCAGCUCGGCCCGCAGCCUGUGCAAGCCAGUAAAGCUUCCCACAGAUGCUACCGCUCGGUGGCGCCGGACACGUGGCGUGCUGUGUCUCUGGGCUGGCCGCCAGGCCCUUCACCAGGCCCUAUGGCCGGCCUGCCUUGGAGUUCAUGCCCACGUGGGUCCUGGCCAGAGCCCCAAGGCUGAAGCGGAGCAGCUGCCUGGCCGAGAAAGGUCCCAGCUCCCCUCACUCGGCAGUGGGAGCAGGAGCCCCCGGGGUCUGGAAGAACAAGACCAGGCAGGGCCGGGGCAGGGCUGGCCCACAGGUCCCAGAGACCUGGGGUGGGGCAUCCUCGCAGGGCCGGGACAGGCCCCACUUAUUGCCAGGGCCAAGGAGCAGGCUUCACGGGGAAGCGGGACAGAGGGCAGGGGUGGGAUGGCUGCUGGGGGCUGUGACGUGCAGAAGGCAGGCCAGGGUGAGCAGUCACUGCGGGGUCUGUAAGAAGGGCCAGGCGAGGGAGGAGGGCAUAGGGCUGCGAUGGGGCGACGGAGCUAAGGGCUCACCUGGGGAGGAUGCUGGCCACCAGGGCUCGCCAGCCAGAGGAAGGCCAGACAGGUCAGGGUUCAGCUGGACUCCAGUGCACUGGCACAGAAGGGGCAGUGGGCUUGCUGUUCCCCUGCCCUCCCCACACCAGGCCUCCUCAGACAUGAGCCUCCCGCUGAGCCUCUGGGAUGGGGAGUGAAGGGCUUGACCCAAAGGCCCCCAGGAAGUGCCUAGAAGCCUGCCACCUCCCUCCCAGCCCAGUGGGCAGUUUAGCUGCACCCAGCUAGCCCAGCCUGAUUGCUGGUUUGCCAGGACUAGGAAAGUGAUGUCCAAGGGGCAGAGCUGCUGGGGGUUGGGGUUCUAGGGGCACUGAACCGAGGGGGCUGCGCAAUAAGGAGCCGCUUCCCUGGGCCCGCGUGCCCCGCUGCGCAGCUGCGCACGCAGGAACCAACGGUUCCUACCCCAGAUGGGAAUAUCCGUCGGGUAGGGUCACAGGGCUGUCACCACUGCGGGCUGGGCUUUUGGGGGCAUUUGCGGAGGUUAGGCGGGAGCCUGGUGAGGCCGCCUGGAAUCCCUAGCCACCGACUGUCGGGCCUUUGAACUCAAGCACUGGACACGCGGGGCAGCCGAGACCUGUCGGGUGAGAUAGACCUGCAGUCUGCGCAGCUGGAGCGCCCCACCUGUUCCGUGCGACUCCUAGCGAUUCUGCGCAAGUGAGAGGGCGGCCUCCCCGGUAUCUGCCUCUGCUCCCGGAACACCGCGCCUCACCGUUGCACACAGGUUGUACCACGUGGCCUUACUCCGG